UCUUUGCUGUCAACUGUGGCUGUCAAUGUCAUUGACCUCUCGCUGAAAAUCAUGAAAAUCGAAUUCGAAAACAUUUUAUGUGAAAAAAAUUAAAUUAGUUAAUUAUGCUUACUAAAUGAACUAUAAAACACUGAAAUAAACCGACUAUGUCUUUGAUUUUUGUUGGUCAAAAUUGCACGCCGGCUUAUUAAUGUGGCUUAAAAGCUUUUUCAAAUCAGUGCUCUUCGGUAUACCAGUUGGGAUAACCUUUCUGGACACUGUGGGUUAUGUUGCCAGGGUGGAAGGGAUUUCUAUGCAGCCUGUGCUUAAUCCCGAAUCAAAAAAUACUGACUACGUGUUUCUAUCGCGUUGGGCGGUGAGCGACUACGAAGUGAACCGUGGUGAUAUAAUAUCGUUAGUAUCGCCGAAGGAUCCCAAUCAAAAGAUUAUUAAGAGGGUUAUAGCCUUAGCAGGUGAUGUCGUAAAUACGCUCGGCUACCAAAAUCAAUAUGUGAAAGUACCGGAAGGACAUUGUUGGGUCGAAGGCGAUCAUACUGGCCACACACUGGAUAGCAAUACAUUUGGUCCGGUAUCUUUAGGUCUAGUUAAUGCAAAAGCUGUAUGCAUUGUGUGGCCACCAGCCAGGUGGCAGAGUUUAGAAGCAAAACUGCCAGAAAAUAGAAAACCUCUUAGUGUAUCAAUAUAAUAAUGUAAAAAUUUAUGAAAAGUUGUGUUAAAAUUUAUACAUGUAAAUAAAAAAGCAAAAUGAUAAUUAAGUUUAAAUUUUUUGUGUACAUGUUAAGUGUUACUAAUUAAGUAGAUAAAAACUUAUUUUCUUAAACAAUAGAUGAACUUGUGUAAAUAGUAAGGCAAUUGUGGUAAAUUACGCUAUUGCUUUUUUUCAAAUCUCAUUUAACUAUUUAUCUGUGUUAUUUUUAUGUCCUUACAGUAAAAACAUUUUACUAUUAUUUACAAUUAUGUAUGAAUAAAACUUUGUUAAAGAUG